GCACGUGCGAUUCAUCGCAGUUUCAAUGCAACAACAAUCGCUGCAUCCCCGCGAGUUAUAAGUGUGAUGGCGACAACGAUUGCGGUGACGGCAGUGAUGAACAAAAUUGUGACUGCACAGAAGAAGAAUUUGACUGUGGCAGAUAUCGCUGCAUACCGCUGACUCAGCGUUGCGACGGCGACCGUGACUGUCCGAACGGGAACGACGAGACCAACUGUACACAAGCAGAGUGCCGCGGGUUCAGCUGCGGCAACGGCCACUGCGUUCCGCUUGCUUAUCGCUGCGAUGGCGAGGACGAUUGCGACGAAUCGACAGACGAAGACGAUUGUGUUAAAGUCGUAGAAGGCCUUUGCGAGGACUCCCAGUUCGCGUGCUGGAAUGGACGCGAGUGUCUCAGUCUCGAGCUGAGAUGUGAUGGCGGGCCAGACUGUCACGACGGAAGUGAUGAGCGCAACUGUACUGAAGCGCAGUGUUCAGGUUUCUUGUGCCACAACACAUCGCGGUGCAUCGCCACGGACCUACACUGCGAUGGAGAACUGGACUGUAAAGACGGCUCUGAUGAGGCUGACUGCGCCUGCAGUUCCGAUCAGUUCAGGUGCUCAGACAGCGGCCGCUGCAUCGCCGCGUCGUGGCGCUGCGACGGCGACAGCGACUGUGACGAUAACAGCGACGAGCGCGACUGUGACGCGGUUUCCAUUUCACGACCCACUUCCGCAAACUCCAGCGCCUGCAGAUCGGAUCAGUUCAGGUGCGAGAGAACAGGCUUCUGCAUGCCCGCGUCGUGGCGCUGUGAUGGCGACUCGGACUGUAGCGACGGUAGCGACGAGCGCGACUGUGACGGAUCUUCAACUGCACCGCCGAUUCCGUCAAAUUCAAGCUCGUGUCCUCGGAACUACUCGCGCGUGGGCCGCAAGUGUCUGCAUGGCGUCGCCGUUGCGCGGUCCUGGCAAGAUGCGGUCGUGGAGUGCAGGUCGCUUACGGGGCACCUCGCAACCUUCGACUCGGUCCAUGAAAUAACUUUCGUACUGAGACGUCUUGCCACUCACGGUGAGUCUUGA